AUGGAGAUGAAUGCGCUGACGCGGCGGCAGGCCGACAAGAUCGAGUACGUGCUGCAGGACCUCGUGCGCGAUCUGGAGCUGGUGUCGUGCCUGCCGGUGGACUUGGCGCCGUGGACCCGCAAGACGUGCCUCGAGGCGGUGCGGGGCUGCAAGGAGNGCGGCACAGGCGACGACGACGACGAGGAGGAGGAGGACGUUCGCUCUGCGCAGCUCAUCUAUGACCUGGCCGCGCGCUGCGGCGACCCGACGGACGUGGACAGCAACGAGGUGCUGCAGCAGAUGGCGGAGUUCGCGGAGCUGGAGAAGGAGCUGCUCGACGCGGCGACUGUGCUUGGCAGCGUCGAGGAGGCGGAGCUGGGCCGCCACCACGCGCUCUUCCGCGCCGUGCUCGACACGCUGCACGAGGGCGGGUACCUGCAGCAGCUGCCGCACCGUCCCACCGACGCGGACGCC